UGCCUCGCGAGGGUGCCACGCCGAACUUCUGGUCGCAUUGGCCCACUGAAACUCCCGCCUACCUGACAGUCCCAAAAGAUCGACUUUUCGACCCCAAAAGUGUCACUGACGACCCCUCCGCACGAUCGAACUACCCCACUACGAACGCAAGGAAGAGGAACUGAUUUCUACUAUCCAAUUGCAACCUCUUUACUUCCACAACUACGCCACUUAAGUGUUUGCGUUCCGCAAUACCCGUCCAUAGCUCGCCCUCUUUCAGGGUUCACCGCAGCCAUGCCUACGAUCGCCGUUGACAAGGCGGCGCUAUACGAGGCUUUGGGAAAACAAUAUACUACCGAGGAAUUCGACGAGCUAUGCUUCGAAUUCGGGAUUGAGCUAGACGAAGACACAAGUACGAGCAAGAAGGCAGAGGAUCUGGCGCAGCCGCCGCAGUUGAAGAUCGAGAUUCCUGCGAACAGAUAUGACAUGCUAUGCUUCGAGGGCAUUGCAAUGAACUUGAGGGUAUAUUUGGAGAAGGAGAAGCUACCAAAGUUCUCGUUGACCCCUCCUUCUGGGGGUGAGCUACAAGUGUUGAAUGUGGACGAGUCUACCUCGAAGAUCCGGCCCCUCAUUGCGGGAUGCAUACUACGGAAUAUCAAGUUCACACAAGCGAGAUAUGAUAGCUUCAUUGCGCUCCAGGACAAGCUGCAUCAAAAUCUGGCUCGACAGCGGACAUUGGUCUCCAUCGGAACACAUGAUCUUGAUACCAUCAAAGGGCCCUUCAGCUACGAGGCAUUGCCGCCAGAGGAGAUUGAGUUCACUCCGUUAAAUCAGACGAAGAAGAUGAACGCGAAGCAGAUGAUGGAGUUCUAUGAGAAAGACAAGCACCUUGGCCGCUACCUUCACAUAAUACGAGACAGCCCGGUCUAUCCCGUACUAUAUGACGCCAAUCGAACUGUCCUUUCACUCCCACCCAUCAUCAACGGCAACCACUCCAAGAUCACCCUUGAUACAAAAAAUGUCCUGAUCGAAAUCACCGCAACCGACAAGACAAAAGUUGAAAUUGUCUGCCACAUGCUAGUCGCGAUGUUUGCAGGAUACGCGGAAGCUGUCGAACCUUUGAAGAUUGUGUCACCACACAACCAGGAGUCUCGGGAGGAGCCCGAUCUGACUCCCCGAGAAAUGCAAGCCGAAGUUCCCUAUCUCAACCAAGUCACUGGACUUGAUCUUAGUCCUUCAGAAAUAUCACAUCUACUUCAACGCAUGGGAUACGACGCAAAACCAAACCCGACAGAUGACUCGCUCCUCAGCAUCAGCGUUCCGAUCACACGAGCUGAUGUCCUGCACCAAGCAGACAUCAUGGAAGACCUGGCCAUCGCGUAUGGCUUCAACAAGCUCCCUCGCUUCUACCCUAACAAGACCGCAUCUGUGGCUGCGCCCCUUCCCAUCAACAGGCUUGGUGACAUUGUCAGGCUAGAAGGAGCCAUGGCCGGCUUCUCAGAAGUCAUGCCGCUGAUUCUCUGCUCACACGACGAGAACUUCGCAUGGUUGAACCGCAAAGACGACGGAAGCACUGCGAUCAGACUGCAGAACCCCAAGACGGCAGAAUACCAAAUCGUUCGGACGUCACUGCUGCCAGGCCUCCUCAAGACCCUAAAUUCGAAUAAGCAUCGCAGCGUGCCGCUGAAAAUCUUCGAGGUCAGUGAUGUCGGGUUCAAGGACCUGAAACAAGAGAGGAAGAGCAGGAAUGAGAGGCAUUUUGCGGCCGCUUACUUAGGCAAGUCGUCUGGAUUCGAGGUCGUGCAUGGCCUGUUGGAUCGCAUCAUGAUGAUGUUGCAAUCGGCUUUCAUCACGAGAGAGGAUAGACUGAAGGAUGAUAAAAAGGAGGGAUACUGGAUUGAGGAGAUUGAAGACGCUACAUACCUGCCCGGCCACGCCGCGAAGGUGAUUUUACGGCUUGAUGGCAAGGAGCGCGUCAUCGGCUCCUUUGGCAUCUUGCACCCGUCUGUCCUACAGAAGUUCGAACUCGGAUACCCGGUUAGUACGCUGGAGUUGAACCUGGAGGUUUUCUUAUAGAUGUGUGUUGCGGAGCUGGCUUGUGUCAAUCUCUGGGGUCGCAUAAUUAGCGGUGCUUCUUAGCGUACAUAGUAGACUCAAGUUUGAAGACGGGGAAAAGCCCGUCUUUCUUCUCCAGCACCGGAUAGAGAGACAGACCACCUAUGAGUAACUUCAAAGAGGAGUUAAGCUAGUAUGGCAAGUCGUAAGGUGAAGUGACGACACGCUACCGUUGAGUAACUCUUGCAGGGUAGCAGAGCGUGCGUGUAGAGACCUGAGGCUGUGGAUAAACCCAUAACAACGCGGUGUAUGUAUGUAGUUCCAAGCUUGUCAUCUUUCGCAUAGAGCUUCUAUUAGGAGAAGUGAAUGGUAAACAUCUUGCACUGCAUUGG